AUACAGAGCCCGGGUCUCCUGACACGCCAGGCGGGAAGAUGUCAUCAUUGCUAAGAAGAGCAAAAACACAGGUCCAGACUACAAUAUCCAAAGAUGAAUUUUCAUACUUCUCUGAGUUAUCAUCUGCCUCUGAAGAAGAUGACAAGGAAGAUAGCAUCUGGGAGCCCCAAAAGAAAGUCCCAAGAAAUCGUAAGCAGCUUGCUCCCAAGGAAUCCAAACCAAAGAGGGCAGCACGGGCAAAGAAGAACACACCACAGUUGAGUGAGGGCUCAGAAGGUGUGGCUGUUAAGGAGGAGCAGAAUUGUCCUGUGGCUGUUGCUGAUGUUGAUUUGGAAGAGAGAAAAAGUAAGAGUAAAUUGGAUGCUGCACAGACUCUGAAAACAGCAAAGACAAAGCAGAAAACUUCAGCUCAGAGGACCAAAAAGGUGAAAGCUGAUGAAGAAACCAGCAAAGCUGGCACGUUAGAGAGUGGAAGUAGUAAUACGGAGACACCGUCAACAAGUACCAUGUGGGAAGGUGUGUGCAAGAAAGAGGAGAAUGAUGAUUUCACAUUUGGUCAGUCCCCAUUAAAGAGAAUGAAGACUGAAACAUGUCCUCAGGGGCAGCCUGUCAAGUUUCCAGCGAGUGCCAACAAUAUUAAAGAGGAGGUGGAAAUGAAUUGGGACAUAGUACAGGUUUUAUCUGAGAGAACUAAUAUUGAACUUUGGGUUUGUGCCAACAUCAUUUGUCUCUUUAAUGAUGAUAACACAAUUCCCUUCAUUGUGCGCUAUCGGAAAGAGCUCAUUAAUAAUCUUGAUGCUGAUUCCUUGAGAGAAGUUCGACAAACCCUAGAGGAGCUACGGGCUGUUGCAAAGAAAGCUCAUAGUACAAUCCAGAAAAUUAAGAAGGAUGGGAAGAUGUCUGAGUGCUUAUUGAAAGCCUUGUUGAACUGUAAAACUUUUGAAGAACUAGAACAUGUGUCUGCUCCAUAUAAAACUGGGAGCAAAGGCACCAAAGCUCAAAGGGCAAAACAGUUGGGAUUAGAGGGAGCAGCCUGGACCCUGCUUGAGAACCCAGGAGAUCUAAAUCUGCUGUCGUACAUCAGACCGGACAUUAAAGGGCUUUCUGCACUCCAGGACAUUGAAACAGGAGUGCAGCAUAUUUUAGCAGAUAUGGUUGCUAAAGAUAGAGAUACUCUUGACUUCAUUCGGAAAUUGUGCCACAAUAGAUACAUUAGUAUCCAGUCAUCUCUGGCAAAAGUGUCCUCAAAAAAAGUAAAUGAGAAAGAUGUUGAUAAGUUUUUGCUCUACCAGAACUUUUCAUGUAACAUAAGAAACAUCCACCAUCAUCAGAUUCUAGCAAUUAACCGUGGAGAAAAUUUGAAGAUACUAACUGUCAAGGUCAACAUUCCAGAUGGAGUAAAGAAUGAAUUUUGUAGGUGGUGCAUCCAAAACAGGUGGAGACCACGUGGCUUUGCAAGGCCUGAGUUAAUGAAGAUCUUACAUAAUUCACUGGAUGAUUCCUUCAAACGCCUUAUUUAUCCUCUCCUCUGUAGAGAGUUCAGAGCCAAACUGACAUCAGAUGCAGAGAAGGAAUCAGUAAUGAUGUUUGGACGGAACCUUCGUCAGCUUCUUUUAACCAGCCCUGUUCCAGGCCGCACCUUGAUGGGAGUAGAUCCUGGCUAUAAACACGGUUGCAAAUUAGCUAUAAUUUCUCCUACCAGUCAGAUACUUCAUACUGAUGUGGUUUACUUGCAUUGUGGACAAGGCUUCCGAGAAGCAGAGAAAAUAAAGAGACUUUUGCUGAAUUUCAACUGCAGCACAGUGGUGAUUGGAAAUGGAACUGCCUGUCGGGAAACUGAAGCUUACUUUGCUGACCUGAUAAUGAAAAAUUACUUUGCACCGCUGGAUGUUGUUUACUGGUAA